CACCCUUCAUCGUAUGCGUCUGGAUCCUUCUUUUUUUAACACGUUUCUCUCCCCACCUCUCCCUCUCUACCUCUUUCUUGUUCUCUUGGUCACCCUUUAUAAAUAGAGGGGCUUGCCCCCCGGGGGCACAAAUUUUUUUUCCCUUUUUUGGGAUUAAAAUCCGCGAGGUGGGGUGGCCUUCCUUCUGGGCAAAACCCAUGUACGAGAACUGCGGCAAAGAUUUUUUGAGGAUCUGAGGAGAGAAGAAACAAACACGAGCAAAAAGCUCACUUACAGAGAAAACCCACUUUGUGUAUAUUUUGGAUUGGGGGCAAGAGAGGUUUUGAUCUGUUGGAUUGAGUACGAACUGCCCAUGUUGAACAAAUAGGGUUAUGAUCAGAGUAAUGGUUAGAGAUCGGAUUACUGGGUUAAAGGAGUUUCCUGUAGUAGUUUAGAUUGUGGUAUGCUCCAACAUUGUUCGGUUAAAAGAUUGGAUUUUUGUCUUUUUGAGACUAGCUAGUGCGUGUUCUGUAGCUCUAGUUUGGAGUUUUGGCCCUGUGAACCGUCUAAAGAGUUGAGGGAAACUCCUCUGUUGUUUGAAUAUCAGUUCGGAUUAGGAUAGGGGGUGGAGAGAACUAACUGGUUUUUGCAUUUUGAGGUUGUGGUGUUUACUGCUGCCUCUGUUGUUUGCAUUAUUGAUAUUUCUCUUGGUUCAGGAAAAAGGCCCUGAUUUUGGUUUUGGAUGAUGGGCAGGUGUAGUUCUCUAGUAGAAUUGUCUGUGGAUCAGAUUGCUGUGGACCUGUUGAUUCUUCAACGUGUGAUUCAGGUUGAGACAAUUUUGUUCAGUGCAUUAGUUGUGCACUUCAGUGCCGUAGUUUAUCUAAAUUAUUCACCAAUAUCUUGGUUUAUUAUUUCACCACCAGUAGAGGUGAGGAUCCGGUUGCUGGGAUUCUGGAAAUUUUGUUUGGGGAUCUUUCAAGAAGACCAUGGAUUAAUGCCCAAUCUGGAAAUGAUAGCAAGGAUAUGGUACAUGGGCAAGAAGUUUAUCUGUGGUCUGUUCCCAUUCUGGAACAGCACAAGCAGAAACUAAGGGAAGCUCUACCACUGGUGGAAAGUUCCCAUUCUGCUGUUUCCUUAAUCACGUGCAAUGUCUCGCUGCUUUCCAUUUCCACCUCCCGGAUAUGAAAAGAAGACUAGGCCUGAUGAAGAUGCAAACUUGUUACUAAAGGAGAAACCCAGAGAGAAGAAGCAUAAGAAGGACAAGAAGGACAAAGAAAAGAAAGAGAGAAGAGAAAAGGACAAAGAAAAAAGCAGUGAAAAACACAGAGAAAAGAAAGACAAAAAACACAGGCACAAAGACAAGAAGGAGAAAAGUAGCAAUAAAGAAGAGAAGAAAACCUCCGACGAGAAGACAAUUGUAGCCUUCUCAGACCAUCAAAACAGUCAGAAGUUUGGUCUAACAGGCUUAGAGGUUGGUGAGACUCAGAACUCUAGACUUUUUGUUGAUUUGGGAAACAAAGUUAGGAAGGACGAUGGAGCAAAAGAAUUGCAGAUUUUGGAAAGAAUCACUAAUAGAGAUCUCACACCACCAGGGAAAGUGUUGGAGCACAAGAUUGGUGUCUUGGAUGAUGGGAAUCAAAAAUUCAGGGACAAGAGAGAGAAAAAUAGGAUACCUAAUGGGCAAACUGUCAAAAUUAAUGGCAUUGGAUUUGCAAAUGGUUUUGUUCAUAAUUUUCCUCCCAAAAUUCAAAAAAAUAUUGAAGGAAGUUCUUACCGAGAAGAUAAGGUUACAGAGAAGCAAAAGGAGCGAAAGGAUUCGAAAAAACACAAGGGUGCUGAUGGUAGGGGAGACAAAGAAAAGGGCCGAGAUAGAGAAAAGAAAAGCAAAUCAAAGGAUAAAAAUAGGAAAAGGGAGAAGGAAAAGGCAAAGGAGUUUUCUAGCCUAAUGCCUAGUAAAUUAGGAGAACAUGACAAUAAUGCUAUAGAUUUUAAAAAUGAUGAAGGUUCUUAUCUGUUCAAGGAGACCAAUGUACAGAACGGGAUACUUGGAAAAAGAAAGGAGCCUGAAAUGGAUGGAUGUGUGAAUGGCCAUGAGAUUCAGAAUAACAAAUUGCCAAGACUUGUAUCUUCCUCUUGUCAAGUCGUUCAAACUGGAAACACAAUUGAAUCUUCUAGUAAGGGCAACCAGUUGAAUCUGGAGAAGGAAAGUACAUUGCAGAAACAUAAGCCAAAUGCCAAGUUCUUGUCCUCUGUUUCGCCUGUUGAAAACGGCAGGAAGUUGGAAAUGACACAGAUUCCCAUUAAUAUAGCUUCUGAAAGGCAGGAGGCAGUCAGCAAACAUGGUAAGGCCAGUGACAGCCUUUCAUCCUUGAAGCCCCCGUCGGGAACUGGAAGAAAUUCGGAAUCAUGUCAAUUUGUUGGGAGCUUUACAGAAUUGGAGCAGGGGGUGGUUAGUAACAAUACUAAGGAUUUUACAAAGGUUUUAUCAAUGCAGCCAGUUGCUGAAAAUGGGAGGAAGUUAGGAUCCAGCCAGUUCAACAACCUAAAUGCAGCAGAAAGACAGGCAGGAGCCUGUAUCCCUAAACUGAGUGAGAAGGGAUCGCGGAGUAAUGGCUUUGUGGUGCCUAAAUUGGAUGAGAGAGCAUCAAAAAUUAAUGGAUCAGUGGAGCUCAAGAAACCUAAAGCAUGUUCUAUGGAAAUGUCUUCUGCUUGUCUAGAAGACAAGGAAAUUGUUGAAAAGUACCUGAAGCCUCCACAUCCUGAUGCCAAAUAUCUGAGCCAGGUACUCUCUCUCCCUAAAGUAGAAUGGUCUGAUGUUGAUGAUCAGAAGUGGUUGUUCAGUAGGGAGGAUCACCAGGCAAAGAAUCCUAAAUAUGUUUCCCCAGUGAUUGAGGAAUCAGAGCAGAUAUGGGCAGAGGCUUUGCGGAUAGAAUCUGCAGAUGUUAUUGCGCUUCCUUAUGUCAUUCCUUACUAGUUAGUAUAAAUUUGAGUUGGCUUCCCCUGAUGCAGCACCAAGUGGCAUACUUUUGUUUGGCACCUCUAUCUGCUGAAUGCUCCCUUGUGCUGCAACCGUUUCCAAAAUGAAUCCGGAGGCACAGGCCAGAGUGGAUUGGUUUGUUGUUUUCCUGAUAAUCUAUAGUGAGGAAUUUUUGGAGUUCGAGGGUCGAAGGGCUAGAGAGAGAAAAAAAAAAGGGUGAUGAACGAGCUCUUCGGCACACCUAUGAAUCAGCCCACGGCAGACAUCACUGUGGGCACGCUUCUGGUGAACUUGUGCGGGCAUCAUUUGACGCGAGGAUGACUUGGUUUGAUUUGCAAAAAACGAGUAUAAAAAUAGGAAAUCAUCUGGACCUAUCUUGGAUCGAUGCUAUUCUCCCUUGGAAAAUUUCUUGCUCUGCCUAUGGAUAAUUUUUGCUAAAGAGCACUGGACCUUGAUGUUUGACAAUUGGGAUCAGAGACGGAGGAGUUUCCGAGGAAGGGAAAAUGAUUUGGUCUUUUAGCUGAUCACUCGGGCAGGGAGAGCUUAUGUUAAAAUUGAAGCGCAGGUUUGCCAGUGAAUCCAAGAGUAGCUGUGGUCUUAAUAGCACAGCAAUGCAAUUUUGAUGAUGUAAUUAUAUUACAACCCACUAUACAAAAUGAAAUAUGAUAGAGGAAAUAGUAAGGCAGAAAAAUUUUCUGAUCAGCUUUAACCAUUCACAGUCUGUACAUUUUUGCUAAUGUCUAAUCUUUGACAACCCAACAUGCUUGCAAAAACA